GUGUCAGGCAUUAAGGAGCAGGUUCGAGAUAUCGCCGCAGGACCCUAUCACAGCGCCGCUAUAACGACUGCCGGCUGCGUCUACAUGUGGGGCUGCAACACAAAUCACCAGUUGGGUCGCGAGGACUUCGACGAUACUGGUGUACGACUGCUUGAUUUUAACUAUGGUCCUGUCGUCCAGAUAAGUCUAGGGUUGGAGCACACAGUGGCAUUGACAGAGGCCUCGGAGAUAUAUACCUGGGGCUCAAACAACCAGGGACAGUUGGGUCUGGGUUACUGCUCAUCCAGACCAAUGGUAACCCCUCAGCUGGUGGAGUGUCUUGCAGCCCUUCCUGUGCGUCAAGUUGUGGCUGGGGCCAACCACAACCUCCUCGUCACUCCUAGUGGCUCUGUCUACGCCUGGGGGUCGAACUCACGAGGCCAGUUGGGCCUUGGUGAGUUGGGGAUAAAAAUGCGUGACUCGCGUAAAGUCUCUCGCACAGAGGUCAGCUCUAAUGGGACAACAAGUAGAUCGACUGUCGUCAGCGAACCUACCCCACGGCUUCUUAAGAGCGUGAAACGCCGCGGUGUCACCUUUGCCGCCUGUGGCGAGGCGCACUCUGCCCUUCUCACCAAAGACGGCGCUGUCUUUACUUUCGGCGAUGGGAGGUGA